AUCAAGGGCACCUCAAAUUCAUUACCUGACUACCUUACCCGUGAAUUCUUACAGAAAAGUGGUAAUGCCUCCUAAGGCAUCGGGAAUCUCCCUACGGGGAGGAAGGAGUACAGGCAAAGGAGCCAGGCUGGCUCUUCCAGAACCAACCAUGAAGAAAUCAUCUACCUCUUCUGGGUCACCAACCCAGGCUGGGUCAUCUACCCAGAAAACCAAUUUAGAAGGGUCAUCAACCCAGAUUGCCUCAAUCAAACCUGAGCCAUCCACUCAGGAAUCUCCCAAACCGGCAACCGCCAAACAAACAUCGGCCGACUAUGCUUGGCCAAUUGAAACCCUUCAGGCCCUUCAAGACAUGGGUCUGACCAAAUUUCCAAAAAUAAUCAAAAAAUCUUGGGCAGACAUUGCCUCAGAAUCUGAUGAUGAAUCUGAAUCAAAUUUACAAACAAUGAUCCAAAAUGCGUCAAUGACCAAAACAGCCACCAAUACUAAAGGAAAACUACCUUUAGCCAAAGCUCAAACACCACCUACCAAACAAACUAACAAUUAUAUUUAUAAAAAUAAAUUGUUAACUGUUUUGCAGAUGGAACCUGAAUUUUGGGACAAAAAUCCCUUCAAGGCGACGGCCAAGGCUUUCCCACCAGGAUUUCACUACAAACCAACCACCAUCCUGAAGACAAGAACUUUUUAUGAAUUGAUUUUGGUAGAUUCAAACUCAGUAUCUAUCAAACAUUUCAAAGAUCCAAAAGACCAAACCUUAAACACCCAUUCAACCAUCCAAAUACUAAAAGUUCUUCAACCAAGACACUUUGGUUCAGACUUGAACAAAGGGAAGAGAUUUUCAGUUCCAUUUGAUCCGGUAGGUUAUACCUAUUGGGAUUACGUUGAUGCUUGGACCAAGGUGUUUUGGCACCAAAAUACCCGCUUCAAGCAUUCAUGGCUAAUAUAUUUCAAGACCAACACAAUUUACAAUUUUCCCAAUUGGUUUUUGCAAUGGUGGGACUUCUUUGGACCAAUCCCAGAGAUAUUCCCAGAAACGGUCCAACAAGGAUUUUCCCAAUUUAAGAAACAAUACAAUUCGCAGGAAUCACGAAUUCCAGCAGAUCUUAAAUACUUUUCAAGCUUUGCACUGUCAUGGAUAUUCUCAUGGCAAUAUCGCUACAGCAAGACUGAAAAGACAAAUCAAUAUCCAUCACUACAAAGACACGCAUUUGUAAAAUGGUGGACACAAUUUGACUCAUCCAAAGCGGAUCCAGAACAAGUAAAACUAUGGUUCAAAUCCCAUCCAGAAUUCCUCAAAGCGGCUGAUCCAGAGACUUCAGUGUUCUUGAACCAAAAGUCUCAUCUGGCAGCAUUUUUAGCAGGAUCGACAUCAAAGGAGGUCUUAGCUAAAAAUCUGAAGGAAGUUCUACAAAUGUUACAACAGGAAGAAGAAGCUUCAUCCUCAAAGAAGGAAGAAACAAGUUCUGUUGAAGAAGACGAAGAAGAUCCCUUUUACCAAAACGAAGAUGAUUGUUUUGGUAUCUGUUUAGAUUAAAUUUAAUUUCGGUCACAAAACCGUCUGUUUGUAACUAAUGUGUAAUUAAUGCUGGACAAUACUACCUGUCCUGUAGUCAUUAAAGUCCCGGUCAAAACUACUUGUCUUGUAACAAACAGUCAAAUAGUCCCGGUCAAAACUACCGGCAACUACCGGUCUUAGAUAUUUGGCUAUAUAAGGAGUCCUCAAGCAUGUUGUGAGGCACCCUUUCAUUUAGUCAUUUUUCAGGUUUCGGAAGAGAGGUGCUCUGAAACAAGAUUUUUAAAAGUGGUAAUGCCUCCUAAGGCAUCGGGAAUCUCCCUACGGGGAGGAAGGAGUACAGGCAAAGGAGCCAGGCUGGCUCUUCCAGAACCAACCAUGAAGAAAUCAUCUACCUCUUCUGGGUCACCAACCCAGGCUGGGUCAUCUACCCAGAAAACCAAUUUAGAAGGGUCAUCAACCCAGAUUGCCUCAAUCAAACCUGAGCCAUCCACUCAGGAAUCUCCCAAACCGGCAACCGCCAAACAAACAUCGGCCGACUAUGCUUGGCCAAUUGAAACCCUUCAGGCCCUUCAAGACAUGGGUCUGACCAAAUUUCCAAAAAUAAUCAAAAAAUCUUGGGCAGACAUUGCCUCAGAAUCUGAUGAUGAAUCUGAAUCAAAUUUACAAACAAUGAUCCAAAAUGCGUCAAUGACCAAAACAGCCACCAAUACUAAAGGAAAACUACCUUUAGCCAAAGCUCAAACACCACCUACCAAACAAACUAACAAUUAUAUUUAUAAAAAUAAAUUGUUAACUGUUUUGCAGAUGGAACCUGAAUUUUGGGACAAAAAUCCCUUCAAGGCGACGGCCAAGGCUUUCCCACCAGGAUUUCACUACAAACCAACCACCAUCCUGAAGACAAGAACUUUUUAUGAAUUGAUUUUGGUAGAUUCAAACUCAGUAUCUAUCAAACAUUUCAAAGAUCCAAAAGACCAAACCUUAAACACCCAUUCAACCAUCCAAAUACUAAAAGUUCUUCAACCAAGACACUUUGGUUCAGACUUGAACAAAGGGAAGAGAUUUUCAGUUCCAUUUGAUCCGGUAGGUUAUACCUAUUGGGAUUACGUUGAUGCUUGGACCAAGGUGUUUUGGCACCAAAAUACCCGCUUCAAGCAUUCAUGGCUAAUAUAUUUCAAGACCAACACAAUUUACAAUUUUCCCAAUUGGUUUUUGCAAUGGUGGGACUUCUUUGGACCAAUCCCAGAGAUAUUCCCAGAAACGGUCCAACAAGGAUUUUCCCAAUUUAAGAAACAAUACAAUUCGCAGGAAUCACGAAUUCCAGCAGAUCUUAAAUACUUUUCAAGCUUUGCACUGUCAUGGAUAUUCUCAUGGCAAUAUCGCUACAGCAAGACUGAAAAGACAAAUCAAUAUCCAUCACUACAAAGACACGCAUUUGUAAAAUGGUGGACACAAUUUGACUCAUCCAAAGCGGAUCCAGAACAAGUAAAACUAUGGUUCAAAUCCCAUCCAGAAUUCCUCAAAGCGGCUGAUCCAGAGACUUCAGUGUUCUUGAACCAAAAGUCUCAUCUGGCAGCAUUUUUAGCAGGAUCGACAUCAAAGGAGGUCUUAGCUAAAAAUCUGAAGGAAGUUCUACAAAUGUUACAACAGGAAGAAGAAGCUUCAUCCUCAAAGAAGGAAGAAACAAGUUCUGUUGAAGAAGACGAAGAAGAUCCCUUUUACCAAAACGAAGAUGAUUGUUUUGGUAUCUGUUUAGAUUAAAUUUAAUUUCGGUCACAAAACCGUCUGUUUGUAACUAAUGUGUAAUUAAUGCUGGACAAUACUACCUGUCCUGUAGUCAUUAAAGUCCCGGUCAAAACUACUUGUCUUGUAACAAACAGUCAAAUAGUCCCGGUCAAAACUACCGGCAACUACCGGUCUUAGAUAUUUGGCUAUAUAAGGAGUCCUCAAGCAUGUUGUGAGGCACCCUUUCAUUUAGUCAUUUUUCAGGUUUCGGAAGAGAGGUGCUCUGAAACAAGAUUUUUGUAAGCGCUUCUUUCUAGAUUCAAUAAAUUUCUGUUUUUCA